CCCGCCGCCGCUUCCUCCACGUUGCAUCUCAGGCGCGGCGCUGGAAGGGGGCAGCUCGAGGCGGGCGCUUUGCACCACGACCGGAGCGAUGGGGACCGCCCUGACUACGCGGCUCGGCUUGGGGCUUCUGCUCUUGGCCCUGCUUUUACCCACGCAGACAAGUCAGAAUACAACAACUGCAGCCCCUACGCUGAAAGAUAAUUCAAGUUCGACCUCUUUGCCGCUUACCACAUUGAACAUUACCACCUCCACCAAGGCACAUGGAAACUCCCUUCAGUCAACUGCUGGUCUCUUCAUUUUCUCCAUCUCUCUUCUGUAUAUUUGUUAAGAAACCCUGGCUGGGGAGCUACCACCAUUCCCUGUAUAGUCCCCUGAAUCAUUUCAGAUGCCUGAUUCUCCAAAUCUCAGCACGAGAGAGAACCACUGAAUGCCUGCAUCAUGCCAGCGCAGCUCACGCCACAGUUUUAUGACUGGCAGCAAUCUGGCCAACAAUCUACUUCUGAGAUUUAUCUGAUGAUCCAAAGCCGCCUUCUCUGAAAACCAGUUUGCCCCUCAAGAACCAGAAGGUAGCAAGCUAGCUCUGGUAUUCAAAUGGCUGGAACUGGAAAUACAAGCCAAAAAGUUCAUCUUGACUAGCCUUGGAUAAUGUCUACCAUGAAAAAACAAAGCUAUGCAAAAUGAGGACUUUAAUUGGCAUGAAAAAACGAAGCUUGACCUCUAAAACUAUUAGAAAUUGCAAAUGAGACUGAAAUGAUUUCUGCUCAGUUAUUGAUAGAAGGAUGCAUCCAGUGCAAAUAGUUCUGUCCAAAAUUUUCACUUUGGGAUUUCCAAGAAGCUUAAAUUGAACAGUUUUUUUAAUUAAAAAAUGUGUGGCUGUUCAUGUGUGGCUCUUAAGUAAGCCUGUGCAGUUUAAAAUCUAUUGGGAGUCUUAACUUUUACUGUGGUAUUGCAGAUUUUCCAUUUUAUUUAAGUUUUAUUAAGUGAGCCAUAUGUGCCAGCGAGACAGAGCAUUUGAAAGGCAUUGCAAGAUCGGUUUCAAAUAAUAAGACAGAACCAAGAUGGCAAGCAUUACCAUGAAAGCUUACAAUUUUCCCCCAGUAUCAUAUCCACCUCCCUGAAUAAGUCUCAGGAGUAAUUUUCAAAUGUCAGUCCUUAUUUGGUGCAGUUUGUAAACCAUAUCUCUUACUACAACGGAUCAUAUUUUGACAGACUAACAGCAACAAAAACCUAAGUGGCUCAGUGUUGAUUUGUUCAGAAUCCUGAAUAUUGAUUGAAACUGGUGAAUUUGCUCGCAUAGUCCCAGAACUAAAUGUUUCAUAUUAUUUUGGAAUAAAGCUGGUGCUGUGAUGCAGGUUCAGCUAUCUAAAUGCUUGGGUUUUCAGAAAUAAAUAUGAAGAGGCUUGAGAAUACUACAUAUGUCCCUAAAAAGUCAAGUCCAGUUAUCAUGUGAUUGUAGCUUUGAAACAACUCUUUGACUUGUUCAGUUACCCAAAACCUAACACAUGCAUUGCAAUUAUCGAACACCUGUAUGGUAAAAGCUGUAAAAUACUAAAGUGGGAUACCUGUAUGCAUUCCUUUUUGUAUCAGAUAUAUUGUUUGAUUUUGUGGCUAUGUGAUUAUGCUUUAAUUUUAAAUUGGGCAAACUGUAAAUAAAAGAAAUUAUGGUCUUAA